AUGUACCAGCCGCUCCUUGAGCUGCCGCCCGCUGCCACGACUGUGUGUGCUGCCGGGGACCGUCUGCUUGGCGAGGCGGCGGGGGUGUUGUACAGCAGCAGCCAGCGCGCGGCGUAUGAGGCACACGGCGGGGCGGUGUAUCCAUCGUGGAAGCCCGCAAAUAGAAACGUCGUGGGCCGAGGGACACGGCAAACAACAACAACAAUAACAACAGGAGGAAGAAGUAGAAAGGGAGGGGCGUUGUAUUUAUGGCGACAACAGUCUCUUAAGCAACUUGUGCGAUUGUUGCGACCAGUAGUCUCGUUCGUGCCGUUGUUGCGUCUUGUGUUGCCAUUUGUGGUGCCGGCCUCUGCGAACUGCACACCGCGAUUGUUGUUGAAGAGCGCCGAGUACCCGGAGCGCGUGACGGCCAUUGCCUUUCACCCACACCGUAUGCUGUUAGCGGCCGUUGUGGAUGAGGGUGCUGGCAGCUCUCGUGUGGUGGUGUAUGAUGUUGCGGAGAGUAGAGAGAGAUGUGUGUUGACGCACGCAUUUCAACAACACGCGAGCUGCGUGGCGUGGAAGCCGUUUUCACGUGAUGUGUUGGCGGUUGGUUGUGAUGGUGGUGUACUUGUGUGGUCUCUCUCCUUUGGCACCGCCCCUGCUACGACCAUCUAUGGUGGAAGUAACAACAACAACAACAACAACAUCUAUAAUCAUAAUAACUAUAAUAACAAUAACGGUAUGUGCAAUACAAGAGGAGUGGAGGGAGAGGGGGAGGAUCAAACAGCAUAUUGUCUCUUCUACCGCUGCACCCCACACGUACGCACUACGUGUAUUAACUUCUCCCGUCGUGAUGGACGCUACUUAGCUUGUGGAAGUUUAGAUCACAUUGCAGUCCAGUUCCAUGAUAUUCGUCUUCCACCAUCGAAUGCCUUGCUGCUACGCCAUGUAUCAGCAGAAGGCGGCACUGAAGAUGUUCUCUUCGCAGACGAUGAUACAUUUGCCGUACGACUUGUCUGCGGUGCCGCACGCAUCGUGUUAUUAUCAUUCCCAAGUUGCGCCUCUACAACCGUAGCGACACCAGCCCCAGUGCUAUCCAUGGCCCCCGCACGUGUGUUUGGACCGCAUCACUUUGUCUUGAACUGCGCACGUGUGGAGGGCGUUAUUGUGGCGCAUGUCAAUCCCUUCGUUGGGGUUGCGGUUGUUGCCCUUAUUUCAACGGGUGUACAUCGCGGUGUGGGUGGCAGCGUGCGAAGUGUUGCCUGCAGUGGACGUCGCAUGUAUAUUGCUGUUGAGACUGGACAUGUGUUGGUGUGUCACUGCGGGCACCGUGCGGGUACCCACACACUCAUUCCCAUUGGUGUGGUGCAGCUUGAUGUGCACAAACUGGCGGUGUUUGAUGGCUGCACGGCAGGCUCGCUGCUCGCCGCAGUGGAGCGUGAUCAGACCAUUACCUUUUUGCCAUCCUACCACGCAUAG